UCUACCACAUCAUUCAUGAUCAGUCAAACAUGAUCGGUCAAAUCUCUCGCUUAUGGAAAAUGUAGCCCCUGCUGACCCCGUUGGUUUAUCCCGAUGCAUCAGCGGUGCGCAUACCUUAUAAGGGAUCAAACAUUUUGUUUCUCAAUUACCCAUCUCCCUCUUUUCGCUGGCGAAAAGUGUAUCAAGUCGAUCCGUCUACGUUUUCUGCAUUCUUUCACGAACCUGCUGCUGCUACGUUGCCGAGCCUUCUACAGGAAUAUCAUGCAUUUCAAUCCCACCUUCGUCUUCAUCGCUCUGCUUUCCAUUGUGCAUGCAGCACCUCUUAACGGGCCGAAAAAUACCGACCUGAUCAAUAAAGCACUACAAGUUCAACCUGGUAGACUGGUCAAUGUUAUCUUCCAAGGAAAUGAAGUGGAUCCUGGAUCAUCAGAACAAUACAAACAGAAUGCGGAGAAGAUCCUGGAGGCUUGGUAUAAAAGUACGAAAAUGGUGAUCCCUGAAGGUGGUUUCUACAUUGUUACGAGUGGAAACAGUGGCAAAAACCGGGAUGGUACUCUAGAGUUCUCCGUGUGGGGUCCAGCGGUGUCGGAGAAGUGUCAGUACGAGCACUCUGGCUGCCUCAUCAAAUACACCCCUGAGACUCAGAGUGUGACCAUAAUUGGAGGACCGGCGCGUUCGCUGUUAAGCAGAUUCUCAUUAGCAUAGACGGUGUGGGUGGGCACUUGUAUAUUUAUUUGGCUAUCUGUACUUCGACGAUCAGUCUGCAAAUGACACUAACCAAGUACACUUAACAAAUAUUCGCUUUUCCCCAGAAACCUUCACCUAGAUCUCCAGCCCAAUCUUUAGUACACCUAGUCGUCAC